AUGGCAACUUGGGACGGGUCUGGAAGCCAUGGCGGAUGCACUCCAGUCACCGCUGGACUGGUGCUUCCUACCCAGCCAGCUCGUUUCCAGUCAGAUUACGGGGAGGUGACGGAGCAGCCAUGGCUAUUUGCUCGGGACAAGUUCGCGAAGCUCCCCAGGCGGAUGCCCUGUCGGUUCGUCGAGGCCUGGAUUCAUCGCGGAGAAUCGCGACCGUUCGGCAGACUGAGAUAUUUUCCUGGCAAAAUAUCUGCGCUCGAGAAUGACUCCCGCUUGCUGGGAUACUCGAAUCUUCCAAUUGUCGCACUUAGCUUCCAUAGAGGUGCGGGUGCCACCUCCCGCCGAUUCCGCGGGCCUUGGGCAGCGGCUUCCGCAUUCUCGUCGACUCCCCGCCGUCUGCUGCUCCUUUCCGCCGCGUUAUUCGGACUUCUAGCGCUCCUCCGCUUCUCCCCGCACUCCGCGCUUGACAUACGGUUGCGGUAUCGCGCUAGUAACGAGCAGGGCUCCUCCCUUUCCUAUAUUUCGCGGGAUUACAGAGACAUCGCGGAACACGCGCCAUGGGCGGAAGCGGAGACAUCCGCGGAAGGGCUGCGUAUAGCCGCGGGUAAUGCGGUGAAUGCCGCCUACGCUCCACGCGAUCGGAGGGAAGGCGACAACCGCGAAGGGCGGCGGAAACUUCGGCGAGAACUGUUAUAUGUGGAGUGGCGCGCGCGCGUUGAUGCGCUUUCCGCGGAGCGGGCGGAGAAUGGGCCAUGGUGGGCGCGGGGGGAGUGGAGUUGGGCGGAAAAGGGGGAAGCGGAAGAGAGAGGGGAGGAGUGGAGAAUGGAGGAGGAGCAGUGGGUGCGGGAAGAGAGAGAGGGAAAACUACAGGAUAUGCCUGGAUCUAGAGCUUCAAUGUCUGAGUCAGAAGAUCAGAAUGAUGAGUCAGCAGAUGACAGGGAUGAGUCAGCAGAUGACAGGGAUGAGUCAUCAGAUAACCGUGUUGUAGGGAGUUCGGGCACUGAUGGGAGACUGGCUGUGGGAAAGGGGGAGGAGGGAGAAGGGGUGGGAGAAGGGGAGGAUGAGGAGGAUGAGGAGGAUGAGGAGGAUGAGGAGGAUGAGGAGGAGGAGGAGGAGGAGGAGGAGGAGGAGGAGGAGGAGGAGGAGGAGGAGGAGGAGGAGGAGGAGGAGGAGGAGGAGGAGGAGGAGGAGGAGGAGGAUGAGGAGGAGGAUGAGGAGGAGGAGGAGGAUGAGAGAGGGGAGGGUCGCAUGGGCUGCCGAACUGGGCGGUUGAUGGUGCAGCAGCGGGAGAAGUGGGAGGAACAGGCGGAGUGGGAGGAGGCUCGGGAGAGGGACGUGGAUGAUGCCCGUGUGGCGCUGGCACCUCUGCUGGCGGCGAUGCGCGGUGAGAGGGUGAAGGGGGAGGAGACGGAUAGCGGGGAUGAGGAGAAGGCCAGGGGGGAGGGGAGAGAGAGCGGAAAUGAGAGGGAAAAUGGGGUGGGGGAGAGGGGGAAGGAGAGGGGGGAGGAGAGGGGGGAGGAGAGGGGGGAGGAGAGGGGGGGAGGAGAGGGGGAGGAGGCGGAUGUGGAGCAAGAGCUGCUGGGCGAUGGGCUUGUGCAUGCUAACGAUGCAGUCAGUAUUGAGGAUGGGGAUGGUGAUGGUGAUGGUGAUGGUGAUGGUGAUGGUGAUGGGGAUGGUCGAGGGGAGACGAGAGGAGGGAAGGAAGGGGUGAGAAGGAGUGUAGAAGGGGGUGCGAAGGUGAACGGGGGAGGAAGGGGUGAGGAGGCGGUGGGAGGAGAGGCGGUGGGAGGAGAGGCGGUGGGAGGAGAGGCGGUUAUAUCCGAUGCUGGCAGGGUUAGAGGGCAGCGCAUGAAGCUGCAGGUGGGGACGGACGAGAGCUACGUGCUCUCCGUGGGGGGUGCUGCAUCCGACCAUUUGUGGUCAGCAGCGAUUAGAAUCCACGUGAGCAGUGCUGCUGGUUGUGCAGGGGAGCUGGGCGCAGAGCAGGGGGGUGGGUUGCGGUGCAGCGGGGUGGGUUGCGGUGCAGGGGGUUGGGUUGCGCAUGUUGCCCCUCGCAUCCAUCCAACCGCUGUGCUGCUGCCGUUCAACCCUUCCUUCUCUGCUAUCUCCCUUCCCCCGCUGCCCCUCCCUAUCUCGUCUCACACCUUUUCUCUUCACCAACCGACUCCCCUCUCCACACCUUCUUUCCGCACUUCUAUCCCCUCCUCCUCCCCUCGUCCGCCCCUCCUCCCGCUUGCUCCGACAGGCCAACACAACAGUGGGCGCCCUGAGAGCUCUGGAGACGUUGAGUCAGCUAGUGCGGUGGGACGCUGCUUCCCGCCUGGCUCUGCUGCAAGGCGUGCCUCUCACCAUCCACGACCGCCCGCGCUUCCCCACCGAGGAGUGCUGCUGGGUGAGAGAGCGGUGCUGCUGGGGGGGAGAGCGGUCCUGCUGGGUGGGAGAGCGGUGCUGCUGGGUGGGAGAGCGGUCCUGCUGGGGGGAGAGCGGUGCUGCUGGGGUGGGAGAGCGGUUCUUCUGGGUGGGAAAACGGAGGUGCUGGGUGAGAGAGCGGUGGUGGUGGGUGUGAAGUCACCUGUUGAAGAUCUGGCACUUGAGGCAAGUCAGUCUGGACUUCAUGCCUCCCUCUCUCACCUCACCGCCCUCUCUCACCCCCCUCUCACCCUCUCUCCCCCCUCUCACCCCCCUCUCACCCCCCUCUCACCCCCCUCUCACCCCCCUCUCUUACCCCUAUUUCCCUCUGUUCCCACCAUCCUCUGUUCUCUCUGCCUUGUCACAGACACGGCAAGGCACUUCCACCCCGUCCCCUUUAUAGAGCGACUCUUGGACUCCAUGUCGUACGCCAAACUCAACGUGCUUCACUGGCAUUUAGUGGACUCAGAGGCCUUCCCCAUCGAGACGCCCUCCUUCCCGCGGCUCUGGAAAGCUGCCCGCUCCCCCCACGAGCGCUACUCCCUCGCAGACAUGCGGCACGUGGUGGGGUGA